GAGGAUUAAAUAAUGUAGCGCAUUAUCUAGUAGGUAUCAAGAGUAUUCUGUCGAGCUCUCAAGUCAUGUAGGUUUCCUGCUGUUGGGGACGGUAUGGUUUCAAGAGUUGUAAUCACCAUCUUCUUCCCAGUCACGUGUAUCACGUGUCGCCCUUUUUCCCUGGUAUCAAACCACGACUGGCCACCGGGCCCAGCUUCCGACCAGCAAAGAGACAAGGGAUGCAUCGAACUAAGCUUCCAGCAUAGUCCAUGUGUCUCCCGUCAAAAGACAGUAAGGAUGGUUACAAUGGAAGUGUGGAAGUUGGGUGAAUCGUUCAAAACUAGACUGCUUCGUCAAUAAUGAGUUGCGCGGAGGCGAACCCCAUCACUUAAAGAUUCUCAUCGCCAACAUCAAGUCUUCCUAUCCCUCACAAUUUCUCAUCUUGAAAAGUCA